AUCCAAUAUCCAUGGCGGCUGCCACCGUGAAUAUCGGACCCCUUUCACCAUAGACCAUGAAUUUCAUCCUCCUCCAUAAAAACAGUUAUCCAUCGAACACUUCAAUUCCCAAUGUCGGUGAUCAAAUGAGCUCAACAUUCGUAGAACAGAAUAAAGAUGUCUUUCCUCAGCCCGAAAUCACUGGCCUCAUUCGUGGAGGCCGCCGUCUCUGCUCAGUCACCCCGCCACGGCGGCGCCGCCCACGCCCAGGUCAUCAAAACCCUGGGCCUAUCCCUAAACGCCUUCCUCUCCAAUCACCUCAUCAACAUGUACUCCAAGCUCGACCGGCCCGAACCGGCCCGAGUCCUCCUCUCCCUCACCCCACCCCAUUUCCGCUCCGUCGUCACCUGGACUUCGUUAAUCUCCGGCAACGUUCAGAACGGCCAUUUCUCCUCCGCCCUCUCCUAUUUCGCCACCAUGCGCCGAGAGUGCAUUCAGCCCAACGAUUUCACAUUCCCUUGUCUGUUCAAAGCGUCGGCCUCACUCCGAUCGCCCGUUCUCGGCCGACAGUUUCACGCGCUUGCUACGAAGCUUCUGUUGAUCGACGACGUCUUCGUCGCCUGCAGCGCUUUUGAUAUGUACUCAAAGACCGGCUUUUUGAGCGACGCGGACAAACUGUUCGAAGAAAUGCCGUACAGAAACAUAGCCACCUGGAAUGCCUGCAUUUCGAACGCAGUCCUCAACGGGAAGCCCCACGAGGGCGUUCGCAAGUUCGUGCAGCUUCUACGCUACGAAGAGGCUGCUCCAAAUUCCAUUUCGUUCUGCGCUUUCCUAAACGCAUGCUCCGACGGCAAUUUCUUGACGCAGGGGCAACAAUUGCAUGGAUAUUUGAUCAAGCAAGGCCACGAAUCUGAAGUUUCUAUCUUGAAUGGGCUAAUUGAUUUUUACGGCAAGUGUCGCAAGAUUCAAUUUUCGAAGAAAGUUUUCGACGAUAUGGGCGAGCGCAAUAGUGUUUCUUGGUGCUCGAUGCUAGCGGUUUACGAACAAAACGAUAUGGGAGAAAUGGCAUGUGGGUUGUUCUUUAAGGCAAGGAGGGCAGGUGUGGAGCCCACAGACUUCAUGGUUUCGAGCGUGUUAAGUGCGUGUGCGGGUUUAGCCGCACUCGAAUCGGGGAGAGUUGUUCAUGGUCUGGCCGUAAAGGCUUGUAUCGAAGAGAACAUUUUCGUCGGAAGUGCUCUAGUCGACAUGUACGGAAAGUGUGGGAGUAUCGAGGAUUGCGAGAGAGCUUUCUUCAUGUUGCCUAAUAGAAACUUGAUUUGUUGGAACGCUUUGAUUGGUGGAUACGCCCACCAAGGGCGCGCCGACGUGGCGCUCGAGCUUUUCCGUGAGAUGACUUAUCCCCCUAACUAUGUAACUUUCGUGUGCGUGUUAACUGCAUGCAGUAGAGGUGGUUUGGUGAGCGAGGGUCUCGAUAUAUUCGAUUCGAUGAAGAGCAAGUACGGAGUUAAUCCUGGAGCAGAGCAUUACGCGUGUGUUGUGGACAUGUUAGGGCGAGCGGGACAGGUGGAGCGUGCUCAUUCGUUCAUACAGCAAAUGCGGAUUCGCCCCACGAUUUCGAUAUGGGGAGCGUUGUUGGGCGCGUGCAAGAUGCACGGAAAAUCGGAGCUCGGGAAAAUUGCGGCCGAGAAUUUAUUUGAACUCGAUCCACAAGAUUCGGGAAAUCACGUCCUGCUUUCGAAUAUGUUUGCAGCUUCCGGCCAAUGGGAAGAGGCGAAUCUCGUGAGGAAGGAAAUGAAGGAAGUGGGGAUCAAAAAAGGGGCCGGGUGCAGUUGGAUAUCGGUUAAGAAUUCGGUGCAUGUUUUUCAGGCGAAAGACGUGUCGCAUAGUAGAAAUGUCGAGAUACAGGCGAUGUUGGGUAAGUUGAGGAAAGAUAUGAAAGCGGCUGGAUAUACGCCCGAUACGAAAUUGGCUUUAUAUGAUAUUGAAGACGAAGAGAAGGAAAACGAAGUGUGGGCCCACAGUGAGAAGAUUGCGCUGGCGUUUGGGCUUAUUGCGCUCCCUCGUGGAGUGCCGAUUAGGAUAACGAAGAAUCUUAGAGUGUGUGUGGAUUGCCAUAGUGCGAUAAAGUUCAUAUCGGGUAUCGUUGGACGGGAAAUUAUAGUUAGGGAUAAUAACCGUUUUCAUCGGUUUUUGGACUAUAAAUGCUCUUGUGGUGAUUAUUGGUGAAUAUAUUACCGUGCUUAUUUUUUUAAAUGCAAUAGAUACUUUGAGACCAAAGUAUUGUGCCUGGUUAGAUUCGGACUCGGACUCGUUUAUUAGCUCAAACCAAGUUAUGAACCGAAUAUAUCGAUUUUUGAAAGACUAGAAACAAAUCGUAUCAGUUUUAUUUCGGUUCGGUUUCAUUGAUUUGUUUGAUUUUAUAAAUUUUGAUUUAAAAUUUUCAAACACUUUCAUAUUAUCUUAUUUCCUUUGAGGCUGAGACCAUUUCAAAUCAGGUCGAGUUGUUUCAUGACCAAAUUAAACUGACCUUUUCUAAUUGAUGCAUUAAAAAUAAAGAAAUAAAAUAUAUAUU